GAAAUGCAAAAACCUUUCCAAAGGUUUUCCUUGGUUGGGAGAGGAAGAGAAAUGAGAGAGGAGACACGAAUGACUAUUCCAGAGCUACAUAAAUAAUUUCCAGCGUGGGACAGACAGUUGUGAACUUCCUUCCAGGCUCUGUCACACUGGUGUUUACUGGCGGGAGACCAGGCAGAGCAGGUUCUCGCCCCCUGGGAUUUCCUGGCUGGUGAAGAGGCCAGGCUGUCUGGAGAGGUGGAGUGCCCUUCAGUGGCUCUCUUUCAACAAGCCCAGCAAGAUGUCAGAGCUGCUCUCAGUCUUCCUCCACCUCCUUCUCUUCAAGUUGGUUGCCCCGGUAACCUUUCGCCACCACCGCUAUGAUGACCUUGUGCGCACGCUAUACAAGGUGCACAACGAAUGCCCCCAAAUCACGCGGGUCUACAGCAUCGGGCGCAGCGUGCAGGGGAGACACCUCUACGUGCUGGAGAUCAGUGACUACCCUGGAUUCCACGAGCCCUUGGAACCGGAAGUCAAGUACGUGGGGAACAUGCACGGCAACGAGGUGCUGGGCCGCGAGCUGCUGCUGCAGCUGUGCGAGUUCCUGUGCGAGGAGUUCCGCAACGGGAACCGGCGCGUCGCGCGGCUGGUGCAGGACACGCGCAUCCACGUCCUGCCGUCCAUGAACCCCGACGGCUACGAGGUGGCGGCCGCCAAGGGCCCAAACUCAUCUGGGUAUCUGGUUGGCAGGAACAAUGCAAAUGGAGUGGACCUGAACCGAAACUUCCCUGACCUCAAUACCUACAUCUACUACAAUGAGAAGUACGGCGGUCCCAACCACCACUUGCCCCUUCCAGACAACUGGAAGAGUCAGGUGGAGCCCGAGACGCAGGCGGUGAUCCAGUGGAUGCGCUCCUUCAACUUUGUCCUUUCAGCCAAUCUCCACGGAGGGGCGGUGGUGGCCAAUUACCCCUACGACAAGUCCCUGGAGCAUCGGGUCCGCGGCUUCCGCAGCGCUGCCAACUCCCCCACGCCCGAUGACAAGCUUUUCCAGAAGCUGGCCAAGGUCUACUCCUAUGCACACGGAUGGAUGCACCAGGGCUGGAACUGUGGGGAUUACUUCCCAGAUGGCAUCACCAAUGGGGCUUCCUGGUAUUCUCUCAGCAAGGGAAUGCAAGACUUUAAUUAUCUCCAUACCAACUGCUUUGAGAUCACACUGGAACUGAGUUGCAACAAGUUUCCCGGCCAAGAGGAAUUACAGCGGGAGUGGCUGGGUAACCGGGAAGCCCUAAUCCAAUUCUUGGAACAGGUUCACCAUGGCAUCAAGGGAAUGGUGCUUGAUGAAAAUUAUAAUAAUCUUGCAGGGGCUGUCAUUUCUGUCAGUGGGAUUAACCAUGAUGUCACUUCAGGUGACCACGGUGAUUACUUCCGGCUGCUGCUUCCAGGUACCUACAUUGUCACUGCCACAGCACCUGGGUUUGACCCAGAGACAGUGAGUGUGACCGUGGGUCCUGGGGAACCAAUACUGGUUAACUUCCACCUCAAGAGGAGCAUGGCUCAAGCAAGCCCUGUGAAGAGAGCACCCAGCGGGGGACGUAGGGUCAGAGUGAAGGUGCAGCCCAGGGGUGCCAGAAAGAAAGAAAUGGAGGUGAAGCAGCCCCGCAGAGGCCCUGCCUGAACCCCGCUGUGCCGGGCAGCCCUCGCUCCUGCUCUCAGGUCCGGUGGAGCAUUCUAUCUAUUUUAUUAUCUGGGACAUAUUUAAAUAUAAACAUAUUCAGAACAA